UAGACCGCGCCGACCGGCUGGGGCCAUGGAGGACGUGAAGUUGGAGUUUCCCACCCUACCGCAGUCCAAAGAAGAUACCGAGGAUUGGACCUAUCCCAUGAGGCGGGAGAUGCAGGAAAUCUUACCUGGAUUGUUUUUGGGCCCAUAUUCUUCAGCUAUGAAAAGCAAGCUACCUAUACUACAGAAACAUGGAAUAACCCAUGUAAUAUGUAUAAGACAAAACAUUGAAGCAAACUUUAUUAAACCAAACUUUCAACAAUUAUUUAGGUAUUUGGUACUGGAUAUUGCAGAUAAUCCAGUUGAAAAUAUAAUACGUUUUUUCCCAAUGACUAAAGAAUUUAUUGAUGGAAGUUUACAAACAGGAGGAAGAGUUCUUGUCCAUGGAAAUGCAGGAAUUUCCAGAAGUGCUGCCUUAGUUAUUGCAUACAUCAUGGAAACAUUUGGAGUGAAAUACAGGGAGGCAUUUACAUAUGUUCAAGAAAGAAGGUUCUGUAUUAAUCCUAAUGCCGGAUUUGUCCAUCAGCUUCAGGAAUAUGAAGCCAUUUAUCUAGCAAAAUUAACCAUACAGAUGAUGUCACCACUGCAACUGGAAAGAUCAUUAUCUGUUCAGUCUGGUACUACAGGCAGCUUGAAACGUACAUAUGAAGAAGAAGAGGAAUUUGGAAAUAUGCAAGUUGCUGCUGCACAGAAUGGAUGAUGGUGCCUCAGACCAACAUUUAUAGUGUUUGAUUGUAUGUGAAGGGGAAAAUACAUUAAUAAUGUAAAAUGAGAAAAACACAAGUAGCUUCUUUUCAAUUACAUGUUGCUUCCAAAUGUCUUUCUCUGCAACUUGCUAAGCAACAUUUUAAGAAAUGAUGGACUUCUUGAAUAGAUGGCACUGAUUGUUUUCUUUUUUUUUUUUUUUUACACUUUACAGUUUUAUUAUAAAACAAGAUUUUUGGACUUGCAAAGAAGUAUUAUUGCAAUAAUGCACUUUUCAUACUUGAAAAUUUCUUUAUUUGUAUGAUAUAAAGUUAUUACUUUAAAACAAAAUGCAAGUUGGGGAGGCUUGUUUAUAAAAAAUUAUUUGUAAUUUAUAACAAUUUACUAAAGAAAAGUUUGUUAAAAUUCAUUUUGUGUUUAUACAUUUUUAAAAUAAUUUUACAGUUAUUAUUUUUUUAGUUUUAUGGUGGGACUUCUUACAGAAAUAUCAAUGCAAGAAUCUGCCACAUUUUGAGUAAAAAGUUUAUGGACCUUGACCACCCUUUCAUGUUUGGAAACUUUCCUUGGACUUCUGCAAUAUAUUUCAAAUCAUGUCAUUGGUUCACCUUCCCUCAUCACUGCAUUGGCUAGCCUAUGUAAAACUUAAUGAAAGAGGAAAAUACCUCCUUUUGCCAAGUGUAACACUGGUAUUUCUGAAAAAAAGAUUGAGUUAGAAGUUUCAAGUGAAUUUUUCUGUUUGGAUUUUCUUUUGGUGAAAGCCAGGUGUAUCUGUGUUCUUUGGAAAAGUAUCUAGCCUUUUUUCUUUCUCCAGAACUAUUCCAAAUACAGGUUACAACAUGUACGCUGUCAUACUGUUUAUUUUUUAAUUCUAAGAAGUAGAAAAGUGCCUUUUAUUAUUUCUAAAAUUAGCUUUAUUGUGGCCUACAAAUUGGAUAGCACUUAGGAACAAUGAAAAUGUUUACAAAAAAUUUCAUUAUUUUUAGAUAUCUUAAGUUUUUAAACUGGAAGUAUAAAAGCUUAUUAUAAAAAUUUAAGCAAAUUGUUUAAAAUGGACCACAUUCUUCCCAACCCAUUUUGUGUUAUCUUUAUGAGUAUGAGAUUCUCAGAUUGAAGCUUCUCUUUGCAGUGACUUUUGGAAUGGUUUCUGGCUUAAUUACUUAAUAAGUGUUUUAAGCAAGCACAUUUUAUGGAUCUUUGGUUUUAAUAUUUUUACUUACUUACAAAUAUAAAAGGUACAUACGAUAGCAAUUAUUGCUUUUCCAAAUAUUGAAACAGAAGCAAAAUUUCUUUUCAUUCUUUAUUUUUGUUGGAUAGCAAAAACAAAACUUACCCCAGUGCUUAUGUUUGGGUGCUUAAUGGAUUUUCUCUUGUAGGGUACCUGUUAUCCCUUGUUAUUUUGGACUGUCCUUUUGUUUCUGUCCCCUCCUUCUUCUGCCAGCCUCUCCCCAAACUCCAUGAAUAAUGCCAGUAAAAACAUACGUUAUUAAAUCAUACAACAUUUUGGGAGAAUAGUUUACUUAAUAUUUCAGGUUAACUAAGACAUUUUAUGUUGUCCCACUUAGUUGGUAUAUGCUUUUGGCUUCCUAUGAAUGAAUGAAAUAGUGAAUCAGUUUGUGAAUGUUAUAUGAGUUAUAUAAUCUUUUAAAUAUCUAAAAUCAUCACUAAAAAAAGGUAUAAUUUUACAAAACCGCAGGUUAAUCUAGAUGUUCAGUUCCUACUGGUUUUAUUCCAUUUUGAAGCAUUAGUGCAAUUUAUUACUUUGCAGAUUUUCACUGGAGACUUAACCAAAAUCUAAGUGGUGAUAGCUUUUGCUUUAAUUGGAUCACUAUAGCAUUAAUAAAUGUCACCUAGCCCUUAUUGUUAGUUAUAUUCUCAGUAAUUGAUACUGCAGCUUCAUUCUGUAGUCAUUUUGCAUUUAAAAUAAUUUUAAGGGACAGCUAGAUAGCGCAGUGGAUAGAGCACUAGCCCUGGAGUCAGGAGGACCCGAAUUCAAAUCUAGCUUCAGGCCAAACACUUUUAAUGAAGUAAAAACAAGCUGUGUGACCAUGGGCAAAUCACUUAACCCCAAUUGUCUAAAAAAAUAAUAAUUUUUAAAAAUACUUCGUGUAGGUCCAGAAGUUUAGGCUUAUCUCUUAAUUUUGUCUUUCCUUUUAUUAGUUUAUUAUUACUAUGGUAUUUAUUAAACUGUUUUCCAAUAGUUUAGAGAAGUGCAUAUUUAAAUGUACCCAUUAAUUUCUGUUUAGGUAUUUGUCCUUUAGUUUUCUUGCUGUUUGAUUAUAUGCUAUCACUGAAGUGCCUUUGCAGCACUCUUAAGUUUAAACAGUGUCUCACAAACUGUCAUUGUCUUGAGAGUGAAAUGCCUACAGGCAAACUUCAUUCUGGUACUUCUAAAUCUCAUCGUCCUGUUGAAUGUUGUUUAAUUUUUUGUUUCCUUCAUGGAAUAUUUCCUUCCAUUUUUCAACUUCAGGAAAGCCUUUAGUUUGUGAUUCCUUUGUUCUCAUUGAUAUUUAAUGAUCUAAAUUUUUCAUGUAAAUUUGAUGCAUGAAAAGAACUAGGCCUAUGACCUAUGGCACUGAGAACUUUUAAAAAUAAUACAUUAUAAUUUUUAUGAUGAAUAUAUAUAUGGCCCUUUAGGGUUUUUCAACCAAUGUGACUUAAUGCCCAGUCUAGGACAUAUAUAGUGAAGUUAAAGUAAAAUUAUAUCACAGUCACACAUAUGCACACAGCAGCAUGAAAAUCUACUUUACUAUUCUUUAUUGCAGAAGAAAGUAACAUUUUACCAGUGAUUAUUAUGUUUCAAAUGUUGGAAUUAAAAAAUUUUCUUGCUUUCUAAUCAGGUCAUUUUGUUCAUGGUACUUUCUCUCUAGUCUAGAAAAAGUUAAAGACACUAUUUUCUGUUUACUGGUUACUUAAGGUGAGGAAUUUAACAGAAAGAGCUUUUGCUAGUAUCUCACCAGUAAUUAACUUUUGAAGCAGAAUGUUAGUUUUUGAUCUUAUCUUUCAGGAGAACUAAGAGGUAUUAUAUGAAAAUGUUAAAUAUUGCCUUCCCCUUUUUUCCCUGUAAAAGUCUCUAACUUUUUAUUCAUAGUGAUUCAGCUGAGUUGUCUGAAACAGCUAAAAUCUUGGGUUGGAAAUCUGGGAUAUACAUAUCGGGACCUCAAUUUAUUGUACAGUUGGUCUACAACUGCAUAACUUGACAGUUGGUGAAAGUUAUUACAUACUAAACCAAAAUUUCUUGUUAGUGUUCAUCUGGAUCAUUGUGCUUUCAAAAAUAGUAACUGAAACUCCUAAAAGGAAAGUGUUUACUUCAUUAAAAAAGAGAGAGAGAGAAUUUCCAGGACCCUGGGAUUUCAAUUGUUUUUGAAUGCUGGAGUUUCUUUUCAUGGCAGCUAAAAAUAACUUAAAAUAUUCAGGUUUACAUGCUAGCUUCCUCCUAUAGGGAGAUGUCAUACCUCACAGUUCAAGGUGCAUCCUGAAUUGCUAACAUUUUACUGACAUCUAGUUGUAAUUUACUAUGCAGCAAAAUUAUUCAAAAAGAACAGCCUGUCUUUGUAAUGUGUUUAAUUUAUCCUGCUUUUAACAAAUGUAUCUUGAACAAAGUAUUGAAGUGUAUAGGAAUGCCAUAGUGCAAGAGGCUAAUAGUUCUCGCACAAGAUACUAAAAAUUUAUUUUGUGAAACUAUUAAACUCCAUACAAAAUAUUUAGCAUCUUGUGCCACUGUGUCUGAAAAAAAUAAUUUAUUCAUUUAAAACUGAUUUUAGCCACUUGAUAUCAUGAAUAAAUGACUUUUUAUAUUUUCUGUUGAUACUGUGUGUAGUGUACAUCCAAUGGUUCAAACUUUCCAUUUUCUAAAUACCUUUCCUAAGAAUGUGGUCCAGACUGGUUUAAAAUUCCAGAUAUGUAAAAACGUGAAUGGAUUUUUUUCAAUAUUUUAGUUUCAGUUCAGUUUUAAAUCUAAUCUACAUUUUAAAAAUCACCAAAGCUGCUAAGUUAUAUUUAUUCAGACAGAAUUAUUUUAUCACAGAAACUCAGAGUUGGAAAAGACCACAGGAACCAUGUAGUCCAACCAGUACCUAAGCAAGAAUCCACUUCAGGCAUUCCAUUUUCUUUUUGGAUGUCUAUAAUUACUGGGAAGUCAAAACUGGCCCCUCUGCAACUUCUAUUCACUGCUUAGUACUGCCUUCUGACUUUAAGCAGAAUAAAUCUGAACCUUCUUCCUUGUCCCUUCAAAUACUUGAAUACCUGAAUACUUGAAAUACUUGAAUAAUAAAUUAUCCUCCUUGGUCUAUA